AUGCACAGUCAUUUCUACCGUGUCGCGUUUAACCGGUAUUUUGGUGUUCCACCGCUUUUUCUCAAGGACCAACUACCGCAAAAUCAUGAUCAUUACCACGGUCGUACUCAUACCUUUUGUGUUGCCCGAGAUCUUCAUGCUCAAGCGUUGGAAUAUACAGAUGGGCAUUCCCGAUCACUUCUUUUAUAUCGGUACCAGCACUAUCAUUUCACCACUGAUAGGCAUGGUUGCAUGGAUGCCAUCGAUAUUACUGCUGUCGCGUCUGUGCCAGCGAGGCUCCGAGAGCAUGGUGUAUGCGCUCCUAGUCAGCUUUCUCAACUUCGGCGGCACCACCAGCAGCUCGUUAGGUGCCAUCCUGAUGGAGUAUGUGUGGCCCAUCCAUAG